AUGAAGCCGGCGGUGGUGGAGGCUGCGGCGCUGGACGAGCGGUACGAGGCCUAUCUGUGGCAGACGCACCUGGAGGGAAUGUCCGUCGAAGCGCAGGGUCUCUUCAUGGACGUCGAGCUGGACAGAACCGGGUCGGCGGAGGUGAGCGUGGCGGAGCACGCGAACGCGGGUGGGCGGCAUGCCGCGAGGCUCGACCGCAUAUACGUCGGGGCGGGGCUGACGGUGAAGGGGAGCGGCGGCCGAGAUCGGGACGGGUUUUUCGACGCGUCCGGCCACGGUAUCGCGUGGGUGGAGAUGGACCCGGCGUUCCGAGAGCCGCAGCGGACGGAACGAGCGAGCCGCGCAAGGAGAGUGAGGUUCGCGGCGGCGGAGGAACACAAGGUCGGGGAGGGGUUCAGGAUGCGACUCUUUGACCCUGCGGGCAAAGAGGUGACGGAGGGAGGCGUUAUGGAAGGAUGGAUCAAAGCGGCGGGUCUCUGGCAGAAGGGUGGCAGGCGCGUGAGCGAGAUCGUCGCGGACGGCAUUCAGAGGCGGCAGGACCCCGACGCGAGGACGAAGAUGGCGACGUGGGAGCGCCAAGAGCGGAUCGUGAGAAUCGGGGUUGACGGGGCCACAGCGGAGCUGCUCGGGAUGUGGCGGCGCAGGAGGGAGGCGGUGCAGGCGGAGGCGAGUGGACGGGGGUGGCCGCAGAUGAUGGCGCCCGGAGAGGACACGAUUCCCGACUGGAACGUCAGGGUGGCGCCGAGGGGGGAGGCAGGCGAGGGGGACCGGUGGAAAAUAUCGCUGACGGGCGUGGCGGGACGACCGGCAAAGGAAGGGGUCAAACUGGAGGCGAUCAGGCGCUACCUCCGGGAGCGUAUGGACGCGCCGGAGGGACUCGAGGUGCAACUCACGCGGGGCAUGAAAGGGCAGUCGAAAGAGUGGACCGUCGUGGCGAAGACCGAAGAGGCGGGGAAGUGGAUCGCGGGCAUCGGAUCGGAACCCGAGGGGUACGAAGGAUACCGAUGGGGAUACGCGAGAGGCUGGGCGCGCUUCAGGGCGGAGAUGGAGGGGGACGAGUCGGAGCCCGACGACUACACGGGCCUGCAGGGCAAGGUGAUGCGGGCCGGGGAACGUGGGGUGGGGAAGGCGACGGCGCAGAAGCCGCGGCGGGUGACGGACGAAAUCAUGGGUGAGUACCGCCCUAUCCACCGGGCGAUCCUGGUAAUGAUGGACCCGGCGGCGACGCCCGAGGCCAAGGCAGCGAGAUGGCACGGACUGAACGCAGAGGGGCGACAGCUGCUGCGGUUCAUGCGGGGGGCGGCGAUGACCCCGGGGACGGCGCCGCACGGCGAGGCGUGCGCCCUGAAGGCCGACGUGGAAGCGAUGAUGGUGGAAAGGAGGGAGGUGACGAGGAGGCGAGAGUGCGCGGCGAAGAGGCGGGCGCGCAACGAGGACUUCGUGAGGAACGUCGGGAGAUGGAAGAGGCGGCGGACGUGGAAUGGGUCUGCGAAGGGUGCGGGAUGGAGGCGCCGCCCGGGACGCCGGUGUGCCUGA